CUAGCAGGUCCUUUCCCCGCCGGUGUCCGUCCUGGAGCUCCGUCCAACAGAUACACCGGCCUGCGAGCCAUCCCUGCUGCCCUCUCUUUUUCUUCCUCGACUCUUUUUCUUGUCCUUUCUGGUUUACUUGGCCAGGAGGGUGAAAGAAAGGCUCCAGGAACUCUCCCCGAACCCCUUCUGCUUCUGCCCAGAGCAAGUGCCCCUGCCACCAUGGGCCUCACCAUCUCCUCUCUCUUCUCCCACCUCUUUGGCAAGCAGCAGAUGCACAUUUUGAUGGUUGGAUUGGAUGCUGCUGGCAAGACGACCAUUCUGUAUAAACUGAAGUUAGGAGAGAUAGUCACCACCAUCCCUACCACUGGUUUUAAUGUGGAAACAGUACAAUAUAAGAACAUAUGUUUCACUGUAUGGGAUGUUGGUGGUCAAGAUAAAAUUAGACCUCUCUGGAGGCAUUACUUCCAGAAUACCCAGGGUCUUAUUUUUGUGGUGGAUAGCAACGAUCGUGAAAGGAUCCAGGAAGGAGCAGAAGAGCUGUGGAAAAUUCUUCAGGAAGAUGAACUUCAGGAUGCAGUACUGCUGCUGUUUGCAAACAAGCAGGAUUUGCCAAAUGCUAUGGCCAUCAGUGAAAUGACAGAUAAACUAGGGCUGCAGUCUCUUCACAACAGAACAUGAUAUGUUCAAGCCACUUGUGCUACACAAGGAACUGGUCUGUAUGAAGGACUGGACUGGCUGUCAAAUGAACUUUUCAAAUGUUAAGCUGGAUACUCUAACCUCAGACAUGUUUGAUAGAAUUGGUCUAGGCUUGUUACAACAAAAUUAGUUUGCAUCUUGGUUAUUAAACAGUAUCUGGAACUGGUUUGGACAGAAUAAC